GUCAUCAACAUGCGCCACUUUGUGUUGCUGGCGCCAUUCUGACAAGCGUGUGUUUCCCAUCUUCCCUGAGUACCACUAAACACAGCUUUACUUUGUUUCUGUCACGGGCCACUAGUCUGCUUUUCUUCACCUCCAGCCCUUCUUUGAGGUAUAUCCAGCUAUGGAUAUGGACUGUGCCAGUUCGGUGGUGCUGCAAGCCUUAACCCAAGCCACCAGUCAGGACACAGCUGUGCUCAAGCCUGCCGAGGAGCAGCUGAAGCAGUGGGAGACGCAGCCUGGCUUCUACUCAGUCCUCCUGAACAUCUUCAAUAACCACAUGCUGGAUGUGAACGUCAGGUGGCUGGCUGUGCUGUACUUCAAAAAUGGCAUUGACCGAUAUUGGAGGAGAGUUGCCCCCCAUGCUUUAUCAGAGGAGGAGAAGACGACGUUACGUGCCGGGCUCAUCACAAACUUCAACGAGCCUGUCAAUCAGAUAGCGACCCAGAUCGCGGUGCUGAUAGCCAAGGUAGCCCGUCUGGACUGCCCCAGGCAAUGGCCGGAGCUCAUCCCUAUUCUGCUGGAGUCAGUCAAGGGCCAGGAUGGCCUGCAGCAGCACAGAGCGCUACUCACUUUCUAUCAUGUUACCAAAACCCUCGCGUCCAAACGUCUGGCACAGGACAGGCGGCUUUUUCAGGAUCUCGCGUCAGGAAUUUACAGCUUUGCGUGCUCUCUGUGGAGCCACCACACGGACUGCUUCCUCCAGCAGAUCUGUGCCAGAGAUGAGACGGCACCGCUGGCCUCGCUGGAGAGAACACUGCUCUCCCUCAAAGUAUUACGCAAGUUGACAGUCCAUGGAUUCCAAGAGCCACAACAGAACAUGGAAGUGAUGAGUUUCCUGAAUGCGGUCUUUGAAAGGCUAAAGCAGUUCUUGGAAUGUCGUCGACAAAUUGGUCGAGAUAGCACUUGUCGAGAAAAGCUGGAGAAGACGAUUAUACUCUACACUAAAGUGUUACUAGAUUUCUUGGACUACCAUCCCUGCGCGUUUAUACCUCUGAUCCAGCGCUCGCUGGAGUUCGCCGUGAGCUAUGUGUUCACGCCAGCCGGGGAAGACGUCACCUUCGAGCGCUUCAUUGUCCAGUGCAUGAACCUCAUCAAGAUGAUUGUGAAGAAUGAUGCCUACAAACCUGCCAAGAACAUUGAAGACAGCAAACCCGAGAGUCUUGAGGCUCACAAGAUCAAGACCGCUUUCUUCACACACCCCACGCUCACAGAGAUAGGACGCCGGCUCGUCUCGCAUUAUUUCCUCCUCACAGAAGAGGAGCUGGCAAUGUGGGAAGAGGAUCCCGAGAGUUUUGCUGUUGAGGAGACCGGAGGCGAUUCUUGGAAAUACAGUUUACGGCCCUGUACAGAAGUAUUGUUCUUGGAUAUCUUCCAUAACUACAGCCAGACCUUGACACCGGUCCUGCUGGAUAUGGUGCAGAAUCUCCAGGGCCCAACCAAUGUGGAAAAUCCCGUUCAGCUGCUAAUGAAGGACGCAGUUUACAACGCGGUGGGACUGGCUGCCUUCGAGUUGUUUGACAAUGUGGACUUUGACCAGUGGUUCAACAAUCAGCUUCUUGGGGAGUUACAAGUCAGCCAUCACAGGUACAAACUGAUUCGACGGAGAGUCAUAUGGCUAAUAGGUCAAUGGAUCUCUGUUAAAUUCAAAUCGGACCUUCGCCCUUUACUCUACGAGGUCAUCCUCACUCUCAUGCAGGAUCCCGACUUGGUGGUGCGGAUUGAGACGGCGACUACCCUGAAACUCACCGUGGAUGACUUUGAGUUCCGGACUGAGCAGUUCCUCCCUUACCUGGAGUCUAUCUUUGGGCUGCUCUUCCAGUUGUUGCAGCAGGUGACGGAGUGCGACACCAAAAUGCAGGUGCUCCACGUCAUCUCCUGCGUUAUUGAAAGAGUCAACACACAGAUUCGGCCAUAUGUUGGCUGUCUGGUUCAAUACCUGCCCCUCCUUUGGAAGCAAUCUGAAGAACACAACAUGCUGCGGUGUGCCAUACUCACCACUUUAAUCCACCUGGUGCAGGGCCUCGGGGCGGAGAGCAAGAACCUCUACCCCUUCCUUCUUCCUGUCAUCCAGCUCAGCACAGAUGUUUCCCAGCCGCCUCAUGUGUAUUUGCUGGAGGAUGGACUGGAGCUUUGGUACGUGACUUUGGAGAACAGUCCAGCCAUCACCCCGGAGCUGCUCAGAAUUUUCCAGAACAUGUCAGCUCUUUUGGAGUUGAGCUCGGAAAACGUGCGCACCUGCUUUCAGAUCAUCAGCGCCUACCUGUAUUUGUCUCCGACAGAAUUCCUCCAGAACUUUGCCGAAUCACUGUGUCAGUCCUUCUGUGAUUUGCUGAAAGACAUCACGAAUGAUGGACAGGUCCAGGUGCUAAAGGUGGUAGAAAUAGUUUUAAAGGUUAGCCCGAUAUUUGGAACCCACAUGUUCCAGCCGCUGCUGCCAGCUGUCUUCAGGGGCAUAGUGGACGGCGAGAGAUAUCCCGUGGUGAUGUCCACCUACUUGGGCAUCAUGGGCCGCAUCCUUCUGCAGAACUCAACCUUCUUUUCAUCUCUGCUCACUCAAAUGGCUUCAGAGUGUGGCCAGGAGAUUGACCAGCUUUUGGGCAGCGUGAUUGAGAUGUGGGUGGACCGCAUGGACAACAUCACGCAGCCUGAAAGGAGGAAACUGUCGUCUCUGGCCCUGCUGUCUCUUUUACCAUCGGACAACAGUGUUAUCCAAGACAAGUUUUGUGGCAUCAUCAACAUCUGCGUCGAGUCAUUGCAUGACGUGAUGACAGAAGAUCCUGAGACAAGCACAUUCAAAGACUGCAUGCUGAUGAGCCACUUUGAAGAGCCCAAGCUGAGCGAUGAUGAGGAGCCACCGACCGAGCAGGACAAGAGGAAGAAACUAUUGGCCCUGGAGGACCCGGUGCACAGUGUCUCGCUCCAUCAAUUUGUCUACGAGAAGCUGAAGGCUCAGCAGACCCUAAUGGGAGACCAGGGCUUCAGCAGCCUCAUGGAAACGGUGGACACUGAGCUUGUCAGGCAGCUCCAAGAGUUCCUGCAGGGCUUCUGAACGACACGGUCCUUCACCACCUCACACAAACAUCUUUGCUCUUCAUUCUCAGCCCCCACGUGUGGGUUGCUAAUCCAAAUCUUCCCAACCCAUGCUAUGCCUUAUCUUUAUUCAGAACUAGCCUUGUCAACUCCCGUCUGCUAACACUCCCAUGCGCCUUCAUCAUGAACCUAGAUUGAUUCAUAUCCCCUUUUUUAAUUCACAUAAGCUUUAUUGUGUAAAACACAAACAUCAGUAUAACCUCACUUGAGCUUCCACCUAUCUCUUGGAGUUUCUUUGUUUUUGUUUUUUUGCCUAGUUUUGACAUGGAAUGGAUAGAAUAUUUGGGGGGAGGUCGAGGUGUAUGAAGCAAAAAUCUUACUUCGCCUGGGACUACUCAACAGAAUCGUCUACAGAUGGUAGUGCCCACGUGGAGGAAAAGAAACCGAAGGACCUAAAUCAGUGUUUACAAGAUAUAUUAAAAAAAAAAAAAAAAAAAAAAAAAAGAAUGUAAUUUUGUAUGUAUGUAAAAUAUGGACAAUAUCCUGCAUGUGGCGAUUCUUUUACGUUUUAGUUUGUUUUUUCUUUUUUUCCCCUCUCCCAUGUUUUAAAGUGACCAUGUUGUCAUAACCAGAGGUCAAGUAACUACUGAGUAUUUUUUGUUAUAAAGUUAGUCAUUUUUUAAGCCAUUUAAGACUGCAAAGCCACAUUAUGAAUAUAUAUAUACAUAUAUAUACAUAUAAAUACACACACACACACGUAUAUAUAUAUAUAUAUGUGUGUGUGUGUGUGUGUGUGUGUGUGUGUGUGUGUGUGUAUAUAUAUGUAUAUAUGUACUGCUGCUAAAUGAGGGCGUGUCAAAGCACUUUAAUAACCAAAAAAAAAAAGUUCUUAUCAUUGCUACAUGUUCUCACAAGUACUUCAAAGGCCGUAAACAGCAGCAGCAUGCAGCACAGGUUGUAUAAAUGUCUUUAAUUCAACAGUAUUUCUUCACAAUGAUGUGUACUCACAACCUUUGAUUUGACCAGCGAUAUUGAGGCACUAUUUGAUUUCAUUAUGGAAGUAAUAUUCUAUUAUUUUCAUCAGUGUUCACAAUACAAAAUAAGCGAGGACUGAACAUAUUGUGAUAGGAAUUGGUUUCUUUGGUUUGGCUUUAAAGUUGAGGGAUGAUGAUGAUGAUGAUGAUGAUGAUGAUUCUCCAUAAUUUCUUCAGUUUCAUUCUGACCAGUCUUCGUAGGAAGGAGUAGGAGUCCGCCUCAUGGCCUUAUUUAGCUCGUCGGCCUAACCUGUCAUGAAAACUUUUUCUUUCGAGUUCUUAAAUAGAUAGACACUAGCUGAUCUCUGUAUAGUUGUAUCCUGUUUAUAGGACACUGUUUUUUCAACCCAACACAGUAGUUUUGCUUUUGGUUUAUGUGUAUGUUUUGAUGGGGAGGCAACAACAAAUAUUUUUUCUUUAACCACACAGCCUUCAAUAAAAUGCAGUAAUCAGCCAAAAAGUGAAAAAUUCCAUGACUGAAUAAAAUAAACAUGUUGUGCGGAAGCUUUGUUGUUGUUAUACAGUAACUGGGAAUUUCAUCAUCAUCCAACUGCAUUAUCAUUUUUGAUUAAUCUUUAGGAGGGUUCAAAGGAGGGUUUAGGAGUUUUGGAGGGUUGAAGGAUGUUGUGAUACUCUUCUCUCCCUUAAAACCAAUCCGAUGUGGGUCAAGUACCGUAAAUUCCAGACUAUUGAGCCACUAAAAGAAGCUCUAGUAGUUCUACACUUGAUCAAACUUACUUAAGAUUUGUCUGAUCAAAACACAAUCGCUGCAUAAGACUUCCUGAACCUGCUCUCCUAAGCAUCAUGGGAACUGCAAUUUAUUGAACCAUAAAUUAGCCAUGCAGGGGUCAAAGUGUGUGUGGGGGGGGGGCUUAUAGCCCAGAAUUUACGGUAAUAUGCUUAACAGGGAAGUAUGCACUACAGUGGUACCCUGGUUUUUGUGAUUCAUUACUUUUGAAAACCGAAACAUCUGAAAACAAAGACAAUUUUUUCCAUUGGAAAUCAUGUAAAUCCACUUCCUCUGUUCUAGACACCCAAAUAUCUGAACAUAUUUUUAUUAUAUAGAAUUAUUCUAGUUUUACAUGCUGAAAACAACACUAAAUCCUAAAUAAAAUGACGUUUUUGUCGCCUUCUUCAAGAAAUUUCAGUCAGUUGCAACUUGUUUUGGCCCCAUGUUGGGUUAGUGAUGAUGACAAUGCAUACCCAAGAGUGAACAAUGUGUGUCCUGCGUACAAUGUCCUACACUAGACGUACACAGUACUUGACUUAGGUGUAAAGAAGUCGCGUGGAAGGGUGGCACUUGCCAAUGCCCGCCAUUUUUUUUGCAAAUUGUGUGGCAAGCAAAAAUUUUGGUUGAUAACCCAAAAAUGCCCUAACCAGGGUGGACGUUAACCAAGGCGCCACUCGAGUUUCACCCGAAACUCGACUUAAAUUCGUUACUUUUGUAAGUAACGAAUUUAAAAAACAAUAAACAAUCCUUCUGUGCUUUGUGUUAUGGUUGACAAGGUAAGUAGUGUUUAGUGUCAGUCUCAUAUCUAUUAUUACCAAUAUUUCUACUUGUUUCUUUUUCAUUGUGGUCGUACUAAUUUAAUAGUUUGAUGUAGUCAUUUGACAAUUUCACAAAUACAUCUACACUUCUAAUUAUGUCCUGUUUUUUCCAAAAUGCUCCAUUUUGAUUGCCACAAAGUACUAAUUUAACAAGGGAUUUUUUUAAUUUUUUGCAAUCAUGUCGAACUGUACUGAAUGUGGUUCUGUAACAUUUGCCUUUGUGUCGCUCAAGGAUGAUGAUGAUGAUGUUUGCAUUGUACCCAUUAAUUUCCUAAAACAAAAAUGCUUUUCAACAAAAGUGCAUCUUCUAACUUUUGCCUUCCUUUUCCAUGACGAAGAUAAGGUACCAUGCAGGCGAUAGUGGCCGGCCCCUGCCAAUUUGUCUUAUGUACUCUCAGACAUUGGCCUCUUAUGUGAUUUAUCGAGUGCAAAGGGACUAUUAAGGAUUCCACACACCUUCACAGACAACACUUGUAAUUCAAGAGAGUCAGUUAUUUUUCUUGCUGUAGUCCUUGGAGAGCCACAGGUAACACCCACUAGACCAGCCCACCGCACGCCAUACUACUAUCGUGGUUCAUUUGUGGCCUUCAUUGAAUUUAUUAUACACUUCUCCAUUAGACAGCAGCAUGUUCAUCUCACCAGAAUGUAGGAUGGCUGUUAAUAUUCUUAUUUAAACACCUCUGGCUAUGAAUACAGAGUGAGCCUUUUGGAUAUUUCAUCUAAAUCAAGAGUACUUUGCAGUUGAAAUCACAGGGUUUUGUUGUCAAACUUGAGCGCUGACACUCUUGAUAAAGCAGGCCUGAAACCGUCCAAUCGUCUGAACGGCAUAUGAUUGAUUUUCUGUCACUGGACAAGAUUAAAAAUAAAAAGCAGCUGUCCAUGUUGUUAUUGUAUCUAGAGGCUUUGGCAGCCAUCCUAUUGAACCGGUGCGUUUGAGUCAAGAAGAUGACAUUGAUGCAAUCCAUUGUAGAUUGUAGCAUACUGUAUUUGAGGUCAACCCCCCCAAUGCUCCCCCCAAUGUUCUUUUAAAUGCCUUUUGUCCUAUAGUAUAGUUCACUCGUGCUGCGUUCAUGUGCAUUAACAUCACCAAGACCACAUCAAUCUGUGGAAGGCACCGUUAUUGGGUUGUGGGCACCUAGAAAAAGCUAUAAUGUGUAAAACUUUCAAUGUGACCUUCGCUUCAUGUGUUUUGUGACAAUUAAUCUGUCAAUGUGAGUGUUUUGCAGCCGGACUCUGACAGUGACAGCACAACACCAGGCCGUUAUACAAUCACCGCAUGGCCGUAUGUCACUAUAUUUCUUACUUUCUUACUUGACAGGAUAAAUGCUAAUUGCCGCACCGGAGCAGCCAUGAUUCAUGACUUUGGUUUGGGUAAGUGUUGCAUGAAUGCGAAUACUGGAGAAUUAUCAAGUCCCAAAAGCGUUUUUAUUCGCUAGAGUGCAAUUCUUCUACACCGCAUGUAAUGAGGUAAUUAGUCAUGUUUUUAGAACAUUUCAUUAAUAGUAAAAUGCAUGUGUGUAAUGGGGUAUUAUGAGAAUUUGAAAUUGUUGGAAAUAAGUUGGUCAUUAUUUCAAAUGGAUUUAAUGGCAGAAAACAAUAUAUUUUUUUAUUACUACUAUUAUUAAUUUAUUUUUAAGUUUGUCUAUUUUAUUAUUUUUAGGUAAUUUGUCAUGUUUUUAGAAUAGGUGGGAUAAUAUAUGACAAUAUGUUGGAAUCCACAAAUGAAAUUUUGACGACAUUAGACUCUUCUGCACUCUGUGUAUGCUAGCGGCCCCGCCUCCACCCACCGAGACAGAGACUCUCACCGCCAAAAGGACUAAUGCCAUUCGUGCCAAGGUGCUGAAACCAAUGCACAGAGUGAACUCUCUUCCUGCCUGUUUGGAGUUGGGAGACGAGGAAAACAGACACACAUGGCAAUAUACUGAAAAUUAUCAAGUUGAUUUUCGUGGGUGAUUAAUUAUUAAUUUAUUGUGCCACGCCAUUAGUUAAUGAUGUUAUUUCAAAUUAAUUUGCCAGUAGAUAAUUACAUUUUUAU